AUGAGGGUCUUCACUUCUCGCACUUCUGACAUUACUAGAAGGUCUGCAGCAGGUGCCGAUCGCACACCCAACACCCUAGAAGCCAUGAAGAGUCAGCAUGGCGGAGUGUUCGCUGCGCAACACGUGAAGAACAAGACCGAUAACAACACCAAGGAACGCGGUAUAGUCGAUGCCAGAAGUUACUCGACCACUGGAGCGCCAAAGAUUCGACAAUACCUUGAUCGAGCUCGUGACAAAGAUGACGACCGCAUUGUGUCUUGGGAUCCACUGGCUUACUCAACAUGCGGUUCAAAGAUGAGCGAUAUCAAGCCUCCCACCACAUUCAACAUUCUUGCACUACCCAGCGAGUUGCGCAACAGAAUCUACGAGCUCGCUCUUGUAGCCGAAGAGCCCAUCGAGUUCAACACGGGCAAGUGCACUGAGCCCGCCGGAGAGUAUUGCUAUUACAAGAAGUCAUAG